UCUCGAUCCCGUCUGGUCCCGUCCUCCCACGUCCUCCCGUCUCUCGUCACCCGGCUGUCCGACUGAGGUUUUUAGGACGAGUACCGAUUGACUCGGAACUUCAACACUAAUGACGAGACUGCGAGCAGUUUUAUAAGGCAAUUACACUGGCAUAUUGGAUGGGAAGGAUAUUGAAGUUUUGAAGGACAGAAGGCAAUUUUGAAAGAUAUUUUUUGCUAAAAGAAUAGUACAUCAGUUCCAUUGGACCAUUCAAGCAUUGCAUGACUAUAUUCCAAGGAUAAAAUCCAUAUGACAAAUGGAGCAUCUGACCAAGGAUGUGUCACAUGACUUCAAGCUGCUGAUGGCUGAUAGAUAGAAGUCUAAAUAUCUCUGACAGAUCUAAUGCUGCUGGGAAAUCUCUAAUUAUUAAACGGAAAAACAAGGGACAUACUAAAAGUGAAUAUAACUUGGACAACAUAAUGGAAUGCUUGGAAAGAAUCAGUCAUCCAAGUUCAUGGGUGAAGGAAAAGUACCAGGAGGUUCAGAAAUUGUUGAAUGAACGAGAGGCGAAGGUUGAUCCGAAUAAGCUUUAUGAGAAAAAGACCAAAGCCCUGGAGAUUCUAAUGGAGAUCCUGGAAGCUCUUACGCACUGCAAGGAGACUCUCUGCACCGUGGCGGCUGCGAUAACGCAUUUAAAUAUAGGUAUAUUACAAGCCGACAUGGAGGCCACGGGACUCGCCACGGAAUGUUUCAAAAAAUGCAUCGACCUAUUGGAAGAGAGCAAACUAUCGCCCGAAGGCAUUUUACCGGCCAUAAGCGCUAAUAAUCAGUUAGGUCUGAUAUAUGCUCAACGAAGUUCCUACGAGGAAGCUAAAAAUUUUCUGAAGCAAGCGGAAAGCUUGUACGUCACGUUUACAGAAGACGUUAAACUCGAUCCUGUUCACAUGGUGACCAUUAUGGGCAUUGAGGAAAUCGAGGGAGAUCUGUGCGCCAAAAGUAUUCUCGAGAAGCUUCACACGCUAACUCUGUAUUACUUGGCGCAGGUCUGCCGCGAACUGGACGACAAGUGCAGCUUCGCUCUGUAUUGUCACAGAACGCUGAGUAAGCAGUUGAGUCAAAAUAAGAUAACACAGGAUCUGGAUUACGUCGAUUGGGCGUUAAACGCCGCGACGAUAUCUCAGUACUUCAUAGAGCAAGACAAAUUUCCGCAAGCGAGACAUCAUCUAGCCGCGGCGUCCUGCAUACUUGAGAAAUAUUCAGAAAUAUUGAAGGCGAAAGGCACUAGGGAAACUAGUGAGAGUAUUGCCGCGGAAUACGAGAAUUACGAUCACAGAUCAGCGAGUAUCGCUAGAUGCUGGGCGAAGUACGGUAUCGCUCUCCUGGGAGCGUCCAAAGAGAGAUUGCUGAAGAAGGCCGAGCAGGAAGAUCACGCUUCAAAGCCUGCGAAACUUUCCAACGAGGUCUGCAAAUAUCCGCAAACCGAGAUCAUGGAGGACCCGAGAUUCGUAGACCUAGAACCGGAAUUAGAAUCGAUUACUAAUGAAAUCACGGACAUGUAUCUGUUGGAUUUUAACGACGCCAGACCAGUGUUCCUGAACGUUCGGAAGUGGUUGGACAAAGCGAAGGAGUAUUAUACCUUCGAGAAUCACGCAUCGGACUACGCCUGGAUCGCCCAAGAUCUCUCACAGGCGUACAAAUACCUAGCGUUCUUUGAGGACAACGAGGACAGGCAGGCGAGAAUGCAUAAACGGCGGAUAGACACUCUGGAGGAGGUGAUCGAGGGAUUGUGUCCGCGGUUCUACCGAAUCGUCUGCCGAGAGAUUUGGAUAGAGCUCGCAGAAACGUAUUCGGAGAUCCUGGACUUGAAGAUUGAUCGUUUGCAAGCGUCCGACGAGAAGCCGACGGUGCAGAUGGUGGCGAAGAUCGAACGCCUGGCGAGAAGUAGCAUAAAGCAUUAUCAGUCGUAUUUGAACUCGUUGGAGAUGAGCAAGUCCGAGAGUGGAGUCGAGUCUUUCUCGGACGAUCUGCUGUAUCCGGCGUUGUACACUUAUUUCCAUGUGGGAAGAUUGUACAACAAGAUCAUAACUUCCGACGUACAGCAGAAGAUAGAGAAUAUGCAGAACAGUGUCGAUGCUUACAGCUUCGUCGUUAACUAUUAUGACAAGCAUCCUGAAAAGCAAGAGAAGUUAGAAAAAUACGAAUUUAUAAAAUUAUCUAAAGAAUUCGUUACAUUGCUACCACUUACACUAGAAAGAUUGAAACAGCAACAAAUAAAUCAAUAAUAUUAUUUCUUUUUUUCAUCUCGCAUCUGAAAAAAAAUGUAAAAUAUUUUGUUAUAUUCCUUCUGUGUAGUAUAUAAAAUAAACAAUAAAUUUCCUAUACAUUUG